AUGCGCCUGCCCCUGCUCCUGGUCGUCCUGCGCCUCGUCGGCGCACUGGUGCUGCGCACGUCCUUCGGGCCCGACGAGCAGUGGCAAUCGCUGGAGGUGGCGCACCGCUGGGCCUUCGGGUACGGCCACCUGACCUGGGAGUGGGAGCGGUGCGUCGCCCUGCGGGGCGUCCUUCACCCGGCGCUGUUCGCCGCCUUCUACACGGCGCUGCGCGCCUUCGGCGCGGACGCCGCCUGGCUCGUCGCGUACGGCCCGCGCAUGCUGCAGGGGCUCGCGGCGGCGGCCGCGGACCUCGCGGUGUACCGCACCGCGGAGGAGGCGUUCGGGGCGGAGGUCGCGCUGUGGUCGCUGGCCGCGCAGCUGGGCAGCUGGUUCCUCUUCUACUGCAUGCCGCGGACGUUCUCCAACUCGCUGGAGGCAGUGCUCAUGGCCCUCGCGCUCCAGAGCUGGCUGCGGCGCGGCGCGCCGGCGCGGCGCACCGCGCUGCUCCUGGGCUCGCUCUGCGUCGCGCUGCGGCCCACCGCUGGCCUGUUCUGGCUGGCGCUGGCGCUCCAUGAGGUGACGGCGAUCCUCACGUGGCCGGGCCCGCCGCUCUCCGCGAGAGUUGGGAGGGCGUGGUCGGCCUUGGUGGCGCCAGGGCUGCUCAUAUCGGUCAUGGUGCUGACCGCUUCCUCGUUGAUGGACUUCGUGUGGUACGAGUCCUUCACCUUCGUACCCUGGAACCACUUUCGCUUCAACCUGCUGCGGGAUCAGGCCAUCUUCUACGGCUCCCACCCCUGGCACUGGUACCUGACAGAGGGUCUCGCGGUCACGCUGGGCACAUUCCUGCCCUUCGUGCUCGCUGGGGCCUGGUUCGCAGCUCGCGGCCUCGGCAAGUGCCGCGCGCUUCGCGGCCCCGUCGCCGCCGCGUCGGCCGCCAUCGCAGCGCUGUCCCUGGCCUCCCACAAGGAGUACCGCUUCUUGCUGCCGUACCUGCCGCUGGCGUCGCUGCUGGCCGGGACAGGGCUGGCGCGCGCGGUGCAGCGCCUGUCCGCACGGCCACGCCUGCGAUGGGCGGUGCUGGCCCUGGUGUUCCUGCCGCAGGCCCUGGCCAUGGCGUUCUUCGCCCGCGUGCACCAGCGCGGCGCCGACGCGGUCCUGGGGCACCUGCGGGCCCGCGCGCCGGGGCCGCGAGGGGCCUUCUUCCUCACCGCCUGCCACGCGACGCCCCUCCACUCCUACCUGCACCGCGACGUGCCUCUGGGCUACCUGGACUGCUCCCCCGGACAGGGCAGCCCCCGCGACCGGCUCUUCCGGAGCCCCCUGCCAGUGCUGCGCGACCUCUUCCCCCGGGCGCUGCACCCCGAGGCCCCCCCGGGCGCUGCCGCGGGCGUGGCGGACGGGGGCGCCGGCAGCCCUGCCGACCCGUGCCUGGCUGCUCGCUACGACCUCCCGGCCCUGGAACUGCCGGAGGUGUUCGUCGUUUGGGGUGGCCUCCUGGUGGAGGAGCCGUCGGUCGCCGUCUGGCUGGCCAACAACAGCUUCUCCCUGGAGUUCUACGCGUCGGACGGCUACUUCAGUGAGGGCCCGUACGGCAUGGACACUAACCCUCAUUUCUUGGUUUACAGGCUCUCAGGUACCCCCCAAAAGCCGCAUCAUCCCCCAUCGUCAAUGUCUGUCCUUCCCCUUCUUGCUCCUUCUCGCAAUCGUCUCCGAGUGCCGUCGCGUGUCCAUCGUCAGUUGCAUCUUCACUUGUUGCGCCAUGACCAAGCGCUGGAAAGCGGUGUCCCUCCUCCAGACGAUGACCAGCCACCUCUUUGA